AUGAUUUUUCCUUUUGUAACAGCAGAUAGUGAAUACGUUCCUGGAGAGAAUGUUAAAGUUGAGAUUCAGGUUAAGAGUACAAAUACAUGGCACAAUGUUGUGUCUGGUAUAAAUGGAAGUUUAAAGCUGUGUACACGAGAAGAACAAAAUAUAUCACAUAUUAGGUUUACUAUUCAAGAUGAAUAUCCUAAAUCCUCUUCAAGCAUUGUUCCUUCUACAUAUAAUGCUUUUAAUGAAAUGAUGAAUGCAGCAUCCAAAAAAGUUUUGCCUGAUUCAAAACUGACAACAAAUCGUAAUGAUCAUUUAUACAAUGAUCUUUUAGCACUUUUACGUAGUAAUAACCUUGGUUGGGAAUAUGGAACACAUAAUAUAGCUGGUAAAUCAUUCGUUAAUAAACUUACCUCUCUCCUUUAUUAUUUGGAUGAUAAGCAUCAGACUCUUAAGUUACGUAGCCUUAAAAUACCAACAUUUUUUCUUCAAUUACCAUUAUAUCAACAAAAUACAUAUUAUAAAAAUGGAUCUCACCAUAAAACUACACUAAAGCGUAAAGAUUUAGAAUUUUAUGCUGAUAAAUUAGAGGAGUGUAUUCUAGAACCAUGGGCAAGUAAAUUAUGUUGGAAUCAGGUUGUAACUGCUAGUUUAGAACUGUGUUCUGUUGCUCGUACAUAUGCUAACUAUUUAGAGACAGUUAACCAGCAUAUGCAAAGAAUUCAACUUGCAUCUGCUCCAGCACGAAGUCCUGAAAAUAAUAGUAAUUUAGAAAUACGAACUCCAUGUGCAAAAAAUGCUAUUAAAGAAAUAUAUUUACCAAUUGCUGAACAUAUUAAAGAUACAAGCGAAUAUGAAAUUAUAUCACUUGAAGAAUUUUUACCUGAAAACAAAGAAAAACGAUUCUUUUAUCUAUCAAAUCUUACUAUCGAUUCUACAAUUAUGUUAUAUCGAUAUCAUCAUGGAAAUUAUUUAGGAACUUUAAAUUUUAUUUGGAAAAUUCUUGAAGAUUUUGAAUUACGUGAUGAUACAAAAAAUGCUCAAGCAAUAAUUCGAACACAAUCAUUAUUACCUCAAUUUUUUAUCCAAUAUAUGAGAAGAUAUAUGUUUGCAAAAUAUUCUCUAAUUACAAAAAUUAUUCUUAGUGUAUUACGUUAUUUAUAUCAUGACUUAGUUGGUGACUCUAGUGCUGUAGACAAUUCAUACUCUGCUGAAGUAGACCAAAGAUUAAGAACAAUGCUUGAACUUGGUGAUCCUGAAAUUUGUAUUGAUAUGUGCAAAAAUAAUGGAUUUAAAGGCACUAAAUUUGAUGAAUUUUGGAAUGAAAUGGAAUCUUAUUUUAGUGAAAAUCUUUUAUCAGUACAUGAAAGGCGUCAUAGCAAUAUACUUUAUUUGCCAAGUUUUAUUUCAGUUAGAGAUUUAAGAGAAUCUAUUGUAGAACGAUUAGAAAAUAAGCAUAAUGAACAUCCACUUUCUAAUAAUUGUUUAGUACCAUCUGAUCGCUGGAUUUCUUAUCAGUUCUGUCCAAAAAAUAAUUGGUAUAAAGCUAGUACACAGUAUACAGGACGAUUUCAAAUUAAAUAUAUGGUACAAACUCGACAAUUAAGAAAAUCUCAUAUUGAUGUUCACUAUUGUCAAGCAAUUUUUAAAUAUAUUCAACAAUUUGCAUCAAAGUGCAGACAAUAUACAUGUCUUAUUUUUGCUGAUGAUAAACACAAAGUACCAAUUGGAGAAGAAGUACCAACAAGUACUGGAGUUCGAAAUAAAAAAUCUGCUACAUUAAAACAAACUGAGCUUUCAGCAUCUGAUCAUGAUUUUACAAAACUUUCAAUAACUUCUUCAGUUUCAUUAUUUACUAAAAUUCCUGAAGAUCUGACUCAAUCAUUUUAUGUUGGACAAGUAUAUAUUGCAUUAAAAGAUACUACUUUUCAAGCUAGUUCAGCUCUUAGACAUGCUACAGAAUUCUACGAUUCAAUAGAACAACAUUAUUAUAAUGCUGAUUCACUACCAGAAAUUAUUAUAUUAUAUACAGAUGGAGGGCCUGAUCAUCGGUGCAAUUUUGGAUCUGUUCAAGUUUCACUUAUUUCACUUUUUUUAAAUGGGGAUUUUGAUUUAGUAAUUGCUGCACGUACAGCACCUUUUCAUAGUUGGGCAAAUCCUGCUGAGCGAAUAAUGUCUAUUCUUAAUCUUGGUUUUCAAAAUGUUGCUCUUCAACGUGAACAAAUGUCUGAAGAGUCAGAAUUUAUUUUUCAAAAAUUACAAACACUAGAUGCAAUUCAUCCAGAAUUAGAUAAAUCAAUAACUACAAUGAAUCAAUUACUGAAAAGAAACUUAUAUCAAGACUUUGUAAUGAAAUAUAACAGACAUAAUUGCAAAGUAUGCAGAAAAGUUCGUAUGCCUUAUGAUGAUUUUCAAAGUUUAUCUUUUAUUCCUGAUCCAGAUCAUUGGAAAACAGACCAUUAUAAAGAAUUUGAAAUAAUUUAUGGCAAACCAACUUUAGAAAGGUUUCGCCCAUCAGCAAUGAACAUAACUAUUGAUGAUGAAAUAGGCGAAAAAAGACCAGGUCAAUUUGUUAAUACAAAAAUUAGACGUACUAUAACAUGUGAAUAUUGUGGCAAAAUGCGAUGUAUUUAUAGUAAUAUUGCUUUAACAAAUAAUGAGGAAAUCAAACUUCAAACUACUCUUGAUGGUCUUUACUAUAGUUGUGGAUCACAAUUGCUACCAGAAGAUCAUGAACUUUCAGAGCAUUUAAGUAUUAGACUAAAUCUUACCUGUGAUUCUCCUAUUGAAUCAACAUAUUUUUCAUGGCGUCUUAAAAGGUUUGAUAUUUGUUAUUGGUGUGGAGAAUCUAUAGAUCUUAUUGAACCUUCUGAUACAUUGAAAAAUGAAUGGAAAACUAUAUAUCCAUUAUGUUCAUUUUGUAAAAAUAAUGGAAAAACAUGGCAUAAAAGGGCACCUAAAAAAUUUAAUCAAUUAAGUAGUACCGAAGAAAGUAGUAAAACUAAUACUACAAAUAAAAAACAAAAAACUUAA